GUUAUUAAAAUUGUUUCCAAUCUCCUUUGUGUUAUAAUUUCCCCAAUUAAAGUGUAUUAAAUAGUCACAUGACUUUUUUGAAAACGAUAUUUUUUUCAUUCGACAUGAUUAAUCAGUCUCAGAAUAUAAAGAUUAAGAAAACAAUAGAAAAAUAAACCAUCAAGAUGUUGCUAUCCAAAAUUGGUGUUUCAUCUUUGAAACCUAAUAAUCUAGCUUCUUUUAAAUUUGUGAAUUCAUACAUUCAAAAGGCUGGUUAUCAAAUUUUAAGAAAUAAAAGAAAGAUAAUUCCUGUUUAUAAACCGCUCCCACACCAAGUCAAAUAUAAUACAAGUGUUUUAUUAGAAGAUUGGAAAAAUACCAAAUAUGAUACGUACGAUCCAACGGGAUGGAGAAGAAAGUUAUUAAUGAAAAGUUCUAGUGAAUUAUUAAGAAGUGGUGAUAUAGUUAAAGUCACAUUUAAAAAUUCAUCUUCAAAUCCACCAUUUUUCGGCUAUAUUUUAUCAGUUACUAAAAGAGGUUUGGAUUCAAGUUUAUUAUUGAGAAAUAAAAUCACUAAACUAGGUGUUGAAUUGAGAGUUAAAGUAUUCUCUCCACUAGUUGAAAGAAUUGAUGUGGUUAGUAAACCAGAGAAACGUAAUAAGAGAUCUAGACAUUAUUAUAUUAGAGGUACCAGACUAGAUGUUCCUGAUUUGGAAGCCCAUAUGAAAUCUUUAAGAGCCAAGCAUCGCUAAAUAUAAACACAAUUACAUAUUCAUUAUUUUGUAAAUAAAUAUUGCUUUACUUUUAAUUCAACAAAUACUAUUUUAUAGUUAUAUAAACAUAACCUCUAACAUCCAAAUAAUUGGAUUUUGUUAGUUGAGGAAACUAAAUGUAUGGAAUACAGUAUUAUGCAUGUAAAAGCAGAUAUCCAAACUCCUGGC